AUGUCUCAAAGAGUGCCAUUUUAUAUCGCACUUAGUGGGAUAGCAUGUAAUAUAAUUGGUGGAAUAUCAUUUUUCUUUUUCUCAUCUAAUGUGACUCUUAUUGGAGCUUUGUCCUUGACGACUUAUCUUCGAGUAUGUAAAGAAAUCGCUAUUUGCCUAGGGAAAUAUGAUUAUAAAUUCAUUUUGGUCAUUUUAUCAGUAUCUUUAAUAAUAACCUUAAUUGGAAUUGAAGAUUAUGGUCAGAGUAAAUAUUGGUGUUAUACUAAUCCCAGUAAUAGAAUAACACCAUUAAUAACUACUUCAUUGAUAUUCCUAAUAUUACUCGUUAUAUUAUAUUGUUAUAUAAUGACUAUAAUGGAAGUAUAUGUUAAUAUCAAGAAAUUUGGUUCUAAACUUAGUCAAGUUGAUAUUAUUGUUGCGAGAAAAAUUAUCCUUUAUAUCUUAAUCUUCCUUUUAGAAUGGUCUCCCGUG